CACCCAGCGGGGCCAGCCGCGGGGCUCCCGUCGCCGGCACCGGAGUUUGACAGCCGCCGGGGCCGCUCCUGCGGCCGGGCAGCCCGUGCCGUCGGGGCGGGGACCCGCCUCUGCCCCGCGCCAGCCCCGUCUGCUGCCGCCCUCGAGGAGGAUGCCGCUGGGGCUCUCCUGGCCAGAGGCUGUUGCUCUGGCGCUGCUGGCCCUGGCGCUAAUGGUCAUCCUGUGCCGGUACUUGUGGGCGCUGCGCUGGAGCCUCAGCCGGGACCGCGGCAGCGCCCUGCCUCUGCCCAGGGGCUCCAUGGGCUGGCCCUUCUUCGGAGAGACCCUGCACUGGCUGCUCCAGGGCUCUCACUUCCACAGCUCCCGGAGGGAGAAGUACGGGAACGUCUUCAAGACCCACCUCCUGGGCCGGCCGGUGGUGCGGGUGACUGGUGCUGAGAACAUCCGCAAGAUCCUGCUGGGUGAGCACACGCUGGUCAGCACACAGUGGCCUCAGAGCACUCAGAUCAUCCUGGGCUCCCACACCCUGCUCGGCUCCAUUGGUGACCUGCACCGCCAGCGCCGCAAGAUCCUGGCCAGAGUGUUCAGCCGCACUGCCCUGGAAUGCUAUUUGCCACGGAUCCAGAAGGUUGUGAGCUGGGAGCUACGGGGCUGGUGCAUGGAGCCGGGCUCCAUCGCAGUUUAUUCCUCCGCUAAAACCUUAACUUUCCGCAUUGCAGCUCGGAUUCUGCUGGGGCUCCGCCUGGAGGAAAAACAGUUCAAGGACCUGGCCAAAACUUUUGAACAGCUGGUGGAGAACCUCUUCUCCCUGCCCCUCAACAUACCCUUCAGUGGGCUGCGCAAGGGAAUUAAAGCAAGGAACAUGCUACAUGAAUUUAUGGAGAAAGCUAUACAGGAAAAACUGCAGAGAAACAACCCAGAAGAUCACAGCGAUGCCCUGGAUUUUAUAAUAAACAGUGCCAAGGAGCAUGGCAAAGAAUUCACCAUACAGGAGCUAAAGGAGUCAGCAAUUGAGCUCAUAUUUGCUGCUUUUUUCACCACGGCUAGUGCCAGCACCUCUCUGAUUCUCCUGCUACUGAAGCAUCCCUCAGUGAUUGAAAAAAUAAGGCAGGAGCUGCUGUUCAAUGAGAUGUACCAGCAGUGUGAGAGCUGCCCUGUGGAACACUGCCUGGACACCCUGACUACCCAGAGCAGAGACAGCAAGAGGCCACUUACCUGCCCUAUGGCCAGAGAUGCUCAUGAGGACCAGAGCCAGCCACCAGGCUCAGCAGAGGCAGGUUCCUGUCAGCCCAAUACCCCUCCAGAGCCCACCUUCCCCCAGAACAGUCCCUGCACUGGUCCCCAGCUCCAGGCACCAUCCGGACAGAGCUGUCACUGCCCCUCGGAUAUCAGCCUGGAGAAGCUGAGCCGCCUGCGCUACCUGGACUGUGUGAUUAAGGAGGUGCUGCGGGUGCUGCCCCCAGUCUCCGGAGGCUACAGGACGGCACUGCAGACUUUCGAGCUAGAUGGCUUCCAGAUCCCCAAAGGCUGGAGUGUCAUGUACAGCAUCCGUGACACGCAUGAGACAGCUGCUGUCUACCAGAGCCCCCCUGGUGGCUUUGACCCAGACCGCUUCAGUGCCACCCAGACAGAGGCUGUGGGCCGCUUCCACUACAUCCCCUUUGGUGGCGGGGUGCGGAGCUGCAUCGGCAAGGAGCUGGCACAGGCCAUUCUUAAGCUGCUGGCCAUUGAGCUGGUCAGCACAGCCCGCUGGGAGCUGGCCACCCCCAACUACCCUGCCAUGCAGACUGUGCCCAUUGUGCACCCUGUUGAUGAUGGGCUGCAGCUCUACUUCCACCUCUUGCAGCCUGGUCAGGGCAGAGAGGGGUGAGCCAGGGUAUGCUGCCCCCCUCAGCCCUGGUGUUGAUGUCCCUCCAUGGCUGCCAGGGGCAGUCUCUGCUGUGCCCAUGGAACUGGGUCACUGCAGAGCAAAACCCCAAAGGUCUGAUUUUUCACAUCCUGGUGUGCAAGCCAAUAGGGAAAGGUCUGCAGAGUCCUGCCUCUGAGCAUCAGGUAGGGACUCAGUCCCAGCCCAGGGGAAAAACCCAAUGAAGGUGCUGGCAGGGAGCAUCCCACAUAGGUGCUCAGCCAACCCUUUCCUCAUGCAGGUCUCCAGCCACUGGGGUGAGGGUGCAAAAUUCCCCGCCCUAGAGCCAAGGCCCACAGAGCUUUUUCUGUCAUGUGGUUAUCUCCUGGGUAUGUUAUAGUAGAGGCAGGACCAACAUCCUGCACAGUGUAGCUUUUUAGGUGUAAAAGGAGGGAAGAUGAGGAGGCUUUGCUGAAAAACACAAGCCAGGGCUGCCCAAUCCUCAGCACGAGCUCUAGCUAGAAUAAUAGGGUGAAAAGUGUAUUUUACUGUAAAUAUAUAAUCUCAUUCCUGCACUUCCCACUAGAGCUGGCACAAAGUGGACAUGUCUCAUUCACCCAGUAGUGGUAGCCAUGUAUCAGCACCAUACUGCUGCUAGGGGUCUGCUAUGAAGCCCCCUUCUGCGCUCCCUGCAGGAUGGACUCCCCAGUCACAGCCUGAUUGAGGGAUCGACCUGAAGCAGGAGAUAGGGCUUUGGGGAAUAAACACUUGGAAAAGG